CAAUUUUCGGAAAACGCAGUUGGUUUCGUUUUAGUUUCUCGAAAAUUGUAUCAGCGUAUAUAAAAUGUUCUAAUUAGAUGUCAACUGUGAUAAAAAAGUAGGAGACAUUUUGGCUUAAGGAUUAAAAAAAGGAUAAUUCUUCAUGGAAAUAGCAAUGGAACGUUAUAAUUAAAUGUCGCCAAACCUUUGAGUUUUAAGAAAUAAUUAACAUUAUUACACGUUGGAUAACAAUUUACUUAAAGAUAUAUAUAUACAUGCAAAUUAAACAUGAUAACACAGUUAAAGCCAUCUGAUAUUUAUUUUUCACAAGAUAGUAUAAGCUGCCGUUUUUCGACAACAGGUAAACUAAUUGGUGAAACCUUGGACGAUCUGUAUGAAGACAGGUUGUCUGUGUCAGAUAUAAAACGUAUAUCUGUAGCACUAGUGAAUGGCCAAUGGUUUUCUUGGGACAACCGCCGACUUUGGGUAUUUCGUCAACUAGAGAAGUUAGGUAAAUGUCGUUACAUUACCGCUAAUGUAAGUAAGACAAUUGAUGCAGCCAGACUUACAACAAAAUGUGGUGGAAAAGAAGUAAAUGUUAGAGGACAACCGGGUGGGUACUGCUAUGGAAAAUUAGUAAACAAUCGGCAUUCGGUCCGCGUUCAGCAACCAACCAGAUCUUCAACUAAUUGGCAUUAUACAAAUGAUGAUGAAGCUCGUAAAGUUGAGAAUAUAUUGUACUCAAGAAAUGAUACUCCGUCUGUUCGGCACGAGUCUAAGCCCCGAAGACCUUUUAAACCAGACGCUGUACCGGAACCAACAAUGGGUGAAAGCUUAUGGAGUGCUGUUAAGAUAGGUCUUGGGCUAGCAGCAAUGUAUCUAAUGUGGAAAUCAAAAUGAUAUUAACAAAAUCACUCUGAAUAAAUUUGUGUUAAAAAGUUAAGAAUGUUUUACAUUUUUUUACAAAUACAUGUACCUGUUUUAUAUAUACAUUUUGUAAUCUAUCCAUUCCAUGCUUAAUUUUGUAUUUUUUUAUAUGUUGUUUCAUGUAAAUGUGUUACUACAUGUAUAUCAUAUUUAUCAUCACAAUUAUUUUAAUUUUUAACAGCAAAUGUUUUUCUCUUUAACUUUGUAUAAAUGAAUUAUCAAUAUCACAGAUUGAUUUUGUUUAAGUACAGUAUGUUCAAUAAAUCUUGUUUAAUCGCACUUGAUUGAUUUCAUUCUGUUUAUAAUAAAAUCAAAUGCGUUUUCUAUCCUGACUUAUUAUACGAAUUAAUAUAAUUUAGAACAAUUUAAUUUUAUAUUAUGAACUUAACAGUAAUUGCCACAUAUAACAUAUCUAUAGUCAGACUAUGAUUAAAACUUUCCUUAUUAUUUUACAUAUGUAUAGUAUUUUAUUUUCAGUGGAAAAAGAACACGUAAUAACUUAAGUGGAAGUAAAAAUAUAUGAUGUGUUUACUUCCUUUUUCAUUGACGAUGACUGAAAAUGAAAAUUUCUCUCAUAAAAGCAUCUUUCAUUCAUUUUUCAUCGCGGCCUUGACUUUUUCUAAAAGAGUUUAAAAUGUAUAAGCUCAGGUCGCAGUUAUAACCGUUUUAACGUUUAAGCAAUUAUUAAGUUUAAUCUCUUCUUUUAACAAGAAUGUUUAUCAUUAUUUGAAAAAGAAUGCUUUUAUAUUUUGAACACUUGUAAUAGGUUUAGAUAAGGGGAAGCUUUGAAAACUAAAAAUAGUGAACUAAGAUAAUGUAAAAUGUAUUUUUAGAAUUGAAAAUUAGAUGUUUCGAUACGCUUGCAUUCCACCUUAAAUUUUAAUAGAUAGAUUACAAAAUUUAAUUAUAGAUUUAUCGGGCGGCAAGCUUUCGGUCCCGAAACACCUAGAAACCUAAAUAUUAAUCAUAUUAUCAUGAUCUGGUAAUAUUGACAUGAGUCUUAUAAAAGUGACAUUAUAUGUCAUCAAAUGGUAGAAUGUAUAUAUAGAGCGACCAGAUGAAAAUCAAGAUAAGUUAAAGUUUUGCCAAAAUAAUCGUAUGUAACGAGAUACUGUAAAUGUAUAAGUUACCGAAAUAAACUAUUUCUUCUU